AUGGCCGCCUCCCCGAGAACGGCGGUCAGCUCCCUCUCCGGGCAGAAGCGGCGGAAGCUGGCAGAGCGUACAGAGGCAAGUGUGCAGGUGUCCGAGUUCAACGUGAGCUGCAAAGGUGCUGGGGAGAAGCUGGUUCUGUCCGAGCUCUUGCAGCCCAUCAAGCCCAAAUCCGCCCUGAGCAGCGUGAAGAAUGAGCUGACCAGAGUGAAGCAAAAGAAGGCCGUGGAGCUGCCGCUCAGCAAGGAAGAGGCAGAGCGGGUCUUGAGAGAAGCCGCCUAUGUCAAGAGCUCUAAAGAUGUUGGCAAAUGGCAGCAGGUGGUUUUGCAGAACCGCCGAGCAGAGCAGCUGGUGUUCCCACUGAAGCAGGAGAUCGCAGCGGUCGCACCACUGGAGCAAGCGAUUUCGGCUUGGAAGGCCCGAACUCCCCUGGAGCAGGAGAUCUUUGGGCUACUCCACAAAACGCAUCAGCCCAUCACAGACCCGCUGCUGACGCCCCAGGAGAGAGCCUCGCUGCAGGCAAUGAGUUUGGAGGAGGCUCGGCAACGGCGAGCGGAGCUGCAGAAGGCUCGAGUGCUGCAGUCCUACUACGAAGCCAAGGCUCGUCGAGAGAAGAAAAUCAAGAGCAAGAAGUACCAUCGAGUGCUGAAAAAGAGCAAGAAACGCAAAGCUUUGAAGGAGUUUGAGCUGCUGCGGAAGUCUGACCCUGAGGCAGCCUUGGCAAAGCUGGAAGAGCUGGAGCAACUCAGGAUGGAGGAGCGGAUGAGCCUCAAGCACCAGAACAAGGGGAAGUGGGCCCGUUCCAGGGCCAUUAUGGCUAAAUACGACCUGGAGGCCCGCAAGGCCAUGCAAGAGCAGCUGGCCAAGAACAAGGAGCUGAUGCAGAAAGUGCGACUGGAGCCGCCUGAGGAGGAGCCAGGUGACGCACCUGCAGAGGACCCCAUGCCAGAGUCUGUCCCCACUGUUCCCGGCGGAACUAAUCCCUGGAUGUUGGGCAAGCCCAGCAGCCCAGCCAAGGAGCCUGAAGUGCAGGAGGCCCUUGAAGAUGUUGCAGAGCCUGCGGCUGCAGAGAGCCAGGAGGGGAUGUCGGAGGAGGAGGUGUCGGAGGAGGAAGCCUUGCUGCAGGACUUCGAGCAGAGGCGGCACGUGCGACGCCAGCCGGCAGCCAGCCCCGAGCCGUAUGUCCUGCUCUCUAUCCAUGCCCCAGGGGUGAUUGUUUCUCACCCUUGGUCUCCAUCUGUAGGUGCUGAUCAGACAGAGUUGGUGUCUGAGCUGCCAGGGGACAUCUCUGUUGACCCCUUCUGCCCUGAAGAACAGGCGAGUGUGGGGAUCGAGCAGCCUUCCCAGGCACAGGAGGAGGUUUUGCUGUUAGAGCAGCCGAGCCGUGUGCAAACGAUGGAGGACAUUGAGGCUUUGGCUUCAGAAGAGCGUGCAGAAGAGCUAGAAAUACCUGUGGCUGCAGGAGCAGAGAAGAGAGUGCACCAGCAGGAGGAAGACAGAGCAGAGACUAGGCAGACAAAGAAGCCAAGAAAGGCCAGGAAGAAGGAGACCAUCAGCUUGCAGGCUGUGCUCUCUGGAAAGCCCCAGGAGGCCCAGUGCCCCAGCCUCCCCAUAGCCGUGGAGGAAGAGGAGGGUGACAUCGACCAGAGAGGGGUGAUCACAGAGGCCUUUGCAGGGGAUGAUGUGGUCGCCGACUUCCGCCGGGAGAAGCGCAAGGCAGAGCAGGCUGGGAAGCCGCAGCCGGUGAACUUGGUGCUGCCAGGCUGGGGCGAGUGGGGAGGCACAGGCCUGAAGCCCAGCAAAAGGAAAAUGAAACGGUUCCUCCUCAAGCCGCCCCCGGCGCCUCCCAGGAAAGACCAGCAUUUGCCCCACGUCAUCAUAAGUGAGCAGCGCAACAUCCACGCAGCAGCGCAUCAGGUCAGCGAGCUGCCUUUCCCCUUUGAGAAGCACCAGCAGUUUGAGCGCAGCAUCCGCACGCCCGUGGGCCCCACGUGGAACACGCAGCGUGCCUUCCAGAAGCUGACUGCCCCGCACGUCGUCACCCGCGCGGGUCACAUCAUCCAGCCCAUCGCUGCUGAGGAUGUGCCCUCCCUGGCCGCCCGGGCCCGCAGCGAGGCCCUAGAGCUCCCGCCUAAGCAGCGAGAACAACCCUCUCGUCCCCCUCGCCCGCGCAAGAGAGCGCGGUAG